AUGGCUACUACUGAAUCACCUGAAAUGAACCUUGAAAUCAUCAAUAUCAUCCCCACCACUAUAACCAUUGCUAAUAACAACAAUCUCAACAGAAUUCCUGAAUAUCAUGAGGUCAAAAGUAUUCUCUUUAGUAUGGCCAAAGACAAAGCACCAGGGCCAGAUGGAUUCCCCCCUAGUUUUUUCCAGGCCAACUGGGAUAUUGUUGGAGAGGAUCUAAUCAAAAUGUCUGCUGUCAUUCCUGGAAGGCAAAUUGCUGAUAACAUAGCCAUUGCCCAUGAAACCAUUCACUACAUGAGAACCAGAAGAGGUCAAAAAGGAAAUAAAGGAAGUAUGGGAAUUAAGAUUUACAUGGCAAAAGCUUUUGAUAGAGUGGACUGGAAAUUUCUUAUUACUAUUAUGGGAAAAAUUGGCUUCAACUCUGACUGGUGCAACAAGAUUAUGCAGUGCAUUUCAACCACCUCCACUGCUGUGUUAAUAAAUGGUUCUCCUGAGAAAUUCUUCAAUCCCUCUAGAGGGCUGAGAAAAGGGGAUCCCCUAUCUCCCUACCUAUUUAUAUUUUGA